AUGCAUCUGGCUGACAAAAUUGCUGAGAUCCAUUCUCAGUUGGAGACCAAUUUGAAAGAGAUGUUGCAAAAUCAAGACCUGUUACAUCACUGUGAUAUUCAGGAUCGUGUUGAAGAAACAAGCAGGCAACUUGCCUUCUUUUUCUCUGAUUUUUCCAAGCCAAGGAAUGAAAAAGUUGUUGAACGAACACUGGCAUUGAUCAGACCUUCCCUUUUAAAAGAAAGAAGAGAAUCUAUUCUGAAUAGAAUUGUGGAAAAUGGCUUUGAAAUAGCCAUGCAAAAGGAAAUCACUUUAUCAGAAGAACAAGCUCGUGAAUUCUAUCGAGGAUGUGAAAAUCAAGAUUAUUUUCCAUAUCUUUUGGAUCAAAUGACCAGUGGGCCAACUCUUGCUCUUGCUUUGGUACGAGAGAAUGCAAUCCAAAAAUGGAGGGAUUUACUUGGCCCAAAGAUAAUCCAAGAAGCAAAGGAACAAUACCCCCAAAGUUUACGUGCUGAAUUUGCAAUCCAUGAUUCUCCAAUCAAUCAGCUGCAUGGCAGCGCAAACACGAAUGAAGCUACAAAGGAAUUACAAUUCUUCUUUCCUGUAGAAAACACUAUGGCUCUCAUUAAACCCUCUGCUUUUGAAGACAAAGAUAAAAUUAUAAAUGAAGUAAAAGAUGCUGGAUUUCUAAUCUCAGAAUUGAGAGAAGCACACAUAAGUCCUGAGACAGCAGCACAAUUUUAUCAAGAUCAUGAAGAUAAGCCAUAUUAUAAUCAACUAGUGGAUUUUAUGUCAAAAGGCCCAUCAAUGGUCAUGGUUCUAACUAAAGAAAAUGCUGUGGAGGAAUGGCGACAAUUAAUGGGACCAACAGAUCCAACAAAAGCAAAAGAAACACAUCCUAAUUCAAUACGUGCUAAAUUUGCAACUGAUAUUAUGCACAAUGCUGUUCAUGGGUCCUCAAAUGAAGAACAUGCUAAAAAAAGCAUUAACUUUAUCUUUGGAGAUAUUGAUUUAGAGAGCCUAAAAUACAAAUAUAUUUAUAUGUAA